GCGUUUUUUGGUUAGUUCGUGCCUGGUACGCUUGCAAAUUCCGUGUGAUAUCUGGUUUUCGGAUAAAAAAUCCGAUUCUGCUUCACGUUAAGAUAAGCUUAGCCGUUUCUGAACACCCCGUCACUUUAACGUUUGUGCUCGUUUUGUGCAGAGUGAGUGAAAGUGCCGUUUCAACAGAGCAUCUUUGCGAAAUGUACACACAACACGAUGCCUACCCCAACGCCAUCAGGUGUGUUUUGAAGUGGCAGUGAAGCAGAUCGACCCCACACGGACGCACAAGGAAAGCCGCCCGCAAACGAAGCACCAGCUGCAGCAGUCCAGCAAAUGUUGGUGGUUCAAGCGUGAAAACCGUUUACCCCUUAGCCAGUUAAGCAAACGGCUGGAGCGUAGUGGAAUGAAGAUUUGCUAACGCGAAAACAACAAUUUCGCAAACGCAAUCGGAGUGUACAACAAAGUGAACAACGAACGUUCUUCAACGUAGCUCCUGCCACACACGCGAGUGUGUGUAUGCGUAUCGGCAAGAACGAACCGUGAGUCCAAAGGCACACUUUCCUUGAACCGUACGCAAAAAGCAAACGGGUGCGAACGAAUCGAAUCGCGAAGAAAAUCCCGCUGACCUACAAACGGAAAACAACAGUAGGUCUUGUGGAGCUGCUGCUUGUUGACCGGUUCGGUUUCACCUUCAGCAGCGCUGCUAGUGAACGACGUUGCUCCUGCACAGAAUUCUGAGUUGUUGUGAGCAAAGUGCAAUUCGUUUUUUCGUACUAUUUCAAGCUACAACCCGUACGAACCGCGAACGUAGCUGUCGCGUGACAUCAUCGAUAGUGAUUCGACGCGAAAAUAAACAUUCGCUCACCCCACAAACCCCAAGGUUAAAAGUGUGUCCAGUUGAUAGAUUUGUCUGCUGCAAAGGUACUACAAUGGGUCAACGCUAAAUUUCUGGCGGACAGUGAAAAAGGAACCGCUUCUUAGUACUUUACAGUAGCCAUCAUCGCGAAACCAUCAACAACCGAUUCUUCAAAGCCUACUGAGCGCUCUACAUCUGUACAAGUGAAAAGCAAAAGCACAGCUCGCAUCUCUCGGUGGAUUAUGAGUGCGAGUCGAUUUCCAAAGUUCCUCAAACCGGAUGACGAAUCGUUUGCAUCGGAACGCGACGCGGCACCAGCGGAUGAUCACGUAACGUCGUUCGUCUUCAACGCCCACCAGUCGCUUAAUCUUGCAGCGCAGCGCGAACGUCUGCCGAUACGCCAGUACCGUGACCAGAUUCUGUACUGUCUCGAGCACUAUCAAACGCUCGUGCUGGUCGGCGAAACCGGAUCCGGCAAAAGCACACAAGUACCGCAGUUCGUCGCUGUGUGGGGUAGCACUGCUUGAAAAGGGCGCAACGAACCUUUGGAUAUCCUCUCCCCACGCCAAGCACGCACGUGUACACGCGCGGGUCGGAAGGACGUAUAUCGUACAAGUGAGCGCGCGAACCGACCGCCAGCGACCGAACGAACGAACGGAGUAGUAGUUGUAGUAGUAGUAGUAGUAGUGUUAGUGGUGGUAGUAGUAGUCCCCAUCCUAGAAACGUGCCCGGUGUCCUAGCGCGCCUCAGUGUUGGCGGUCAGCAGCGGCAGUAUUGCAGUUGGUCUUUCGUUGUCGAUCGUGUCGGACAUCUGGUGUGUGUUCUUCUUCCAAGAAGAGAAAACACGGAAACCUUAAUUAAGUGCUAGUGAACCUGUGUUAAGAACUGUUAUUAUUGACGCUCGUUUAUAUAUCGAGGCGGAAAGGGAGGGAGGACGCGUUAUAUACUUCAAAUACAUCUGUUAGGAAAGUGUACCUAGUUGUUAACAAGUGAAAGGAAUCAUCAUGGUGGGUCCGAGCUCGCAGGUCAGCAAAAUAUUGCUGUCGCUGCUGUUUCUGCUGGUAGCGUUCUUCGCCUGGAUGGAUGUGAACCUGUACAUCCGCAUCCAGGACUACCCGAUCCGGGACACCGAUCCGUUCCUGAUGGCCGCCAACAGUACGCUGCUGAAGCCCGUGCCAGGUGGUAGCCAUGCAAGCACGGUCACAUCGCCCAUCCUCGCUCCAUCGUCCUCGAUGCCGCUACAGCUGAACAAACACAUCGUGCGGUAUGAAGAUGUAGCCUGGGUAAACUGUGACCUUAAUCCACUGUGUGACGUGACGGUGAAGGCGAUGAUGCUGGACCACACGAACCACUAUCUGUUCGCACCGAUCGCAACGAUCGUCGAUAAUGUGGCCGGCUUUUCCAAGGGCGAUCUCGUCACGCCCAACAUGAUCUCCUUUUUCCACGUGUUUGUGGCGAUAGCGGCCGGCAGGAUGAUAGCGUCGGACUCGCUGGGAUAUCGGCGUAUCGGUGUCGUUCUGUUCCAGUUCCGUACCUUCCUGGACGAUCUGGACGGUCAUGUAGCGCGCGCCAAGAAACACAUCCGUGGCGAACGUUCGGAUAUCGGGUCCGCUGGGUACUACAUCGACGGCAUCUGUGACGGGCUCGGCUGCAUAGCGCUGAUGAUCGGUGUGUUUGUGUUUUUGAAAAAUAAUCCACCCCGGCGCGGUUACACCCAGCUCCAAUCCAUCAUCCCGGUGUCGGAAUCGAAAUCUUCCGAAUCGGGUGUCAUUUAUAAGGUAAAGGUAACGACGAAGAAAGUCGCCCGGAAGGUGCUGUGCUACACCGGCAUGCUGUUGCUCAGCUCGACGGGAUGGAAUCGAUAUAUCGCCAUCUAUCAGGAUAUGCUCGAGCGGGAAAAUGUGACGCCCGCCCAGUACCUGCACCAGGAGUCGGUGUUCCGGUCGACCGGGUUCUUCUUCAUUGCCUGGCUGUGGCGUAUCUUUAACGUGCACGCGUUGCUCCACUUUCUGCUGCUAAGCAUCUUCUGUGAUAAGCUGUGGGAGUACCUGCGGAUGAUCCAGUACACCGGGUACGUGGCGCUGCUGCUGAUCAUCAGCUUUGCCGAGAUGCAUCUGCUCGGUGUGCAGACGUUUAUCUACAAAUCGCUCACCGCGAACAAUACGUCCUUGUGAUUGGGCUAAAAAAGCACAACAGUGUGUGUGUGGUGUGGUGUGGUGGAGUGACAUAUCCCCGCGUACUGCUCCGUCCCGCCGGUUAUCAGCACAUUCGUGGAAUGAAUGAAGACAACACAAACAUGCCAUCAAAAUGGCGGACCCGAUCCUACCUUUCUAUCCUCCUUGGGUUUCUUCGUUCGGGACCUUAUCAUCACAGCCGUUUGUCCGCUCUGUCGUGUUUUCCUGUAUUAUUGUGCAUUAUUGUUAGAAACCUGGCCUCUUUUAACUGCCGGAACGUACCCGGAACUAUUACGCGUAAAGUCCUAAAGCCUUAUAGCAGGGGAACCCUCGAACAUAGUACGAGUCGGUUACGGCAAUCAGCUGCUGCAGUGUAGAGCAUUACGGUAUUUGUUUAGAGAAGAGAUCGUUGUAUAUCUAUUAUGUAUGUUGGUGUAGUGAUAAGGGUGGGCUACUCUAUUAGAGGCGCGUGCUAGACGAAACAGAAAACAACAGUGAGAAGAGAACCAGCCUUCAUUAUUCUUACGAUCCUUUAUAUCUAUCUAUUCUAUAGUACGUUUAGCUGUAUUUUUAAUAUACCACAAACAUGUUUUCUACUUCAAUGUACAGUGUUCUAGGACGUCAGGAGAUUAGCAGAGGUGGUCAAGUCUUUAUCUGAAGGAACCGUUUCGAUCCAUACUGCGUUUGUACAGAGAUUAGCGAUCCAUCCUUAAAAAAAAACACAUCCUUCCCCGCGAACUUAGCGAAGAGGUUAUAUUUGUACUCUUGUAUCUGUUUCCUUUUUGAACAAACAAACAAACAAAAUGCGCCUGCGGGUGUUGUGGAAUAUAUUUAUAAAGGCAGAGGGUUUAUUCCUGUUUUUCUUAACGUUUGUGUAAGUAAUGUGACUCCGUCUCCCCCCCGGAGAAAGCGGGACGCGCGAUAAUUGUGUGCUUUUCACCACGUGCACUAAGGCCACAUUCAAUAAUGCAGCCCCACUACACCACUACUUAGCCGAAACUGCGUGCGUGACUGUGUGUGUGUGUGUGUGAUGUACAUUAACGUGUAGCGUGUACUAAUCAACAACAUCAUAAAUAAGUUCCCGGGUUUUCCCUCAUCCAUCGUAAUAAUCCUGAAUUGCUGCUGCAGAGUUGGACAUUAAGUGCUAUUUGUCACCGUCGGCGGCCCUCGCCGUAGUCGCGGGGACAUCAAAUCUUAACCUUCAAUAACGACUAAACGGAGUGAGAUGUAUGUAUGUGUGUGUGGUGUUAGUUUUUGUGAAGUGUCAUUUUGCGUUCUUGCCACAGGAAGUACAUUUAAAGUCGGCACCAGAAACAAAGAUAUAUAUCCAACAGAUAAAUAGAGAGAGAGAGAGCGCGAGAUGGUGGUUUAUUUAUAUGAAUAUAUACAGACACAUAUAUAUAUAUAUAUAUAUUAGAUCGUUGAUUGUGUGCGUGCGUGCUGUUGUAGCAGGAUUGGAACUGUGAAUGCCUAAUCAUUAUCCAUUUGGAAAAGCAACUCACAAUAAUAAAGAUUAACAAGAAUGUCCAGCUG